UUGGCUGUUUCUUCACCGCCAGAUUUUGACACAAAUAAUCAGAUUGAAAAUCAGGGAGGGGAACAGAAGAGGAAAAACACACAGAGAGACAGAGAAAAAAGGAGAAGUAUCUAUUUGUGCAAAGAGUCACACGGUUGACAGAGUGGGGACCAGUCCCGGGGAGAGGCUUUGCAGUUCCCAACUCGGGAGGCUCCGGCAGAACCCAGGCGAGGGACAGCUCCAGGCAGGUGUAAGGUGCACACUGAAAAUGCCACGCUCCUUCCUGGUGAAGAGCAAGAAGGCUCACACCUACCACCAGCCCCGUGCACAGGAGGAUGAACCACUCUGGCCACCUGCCCUUACCCCGGCGGCCAGAGACCAGGCCCCCAGCAACAGCCCUGUCCUUAGCACCCUAUCCCCAAGCCAGUGCCUGGACUGGACCAGCCUCAAACGAGAGCCGGAGCUGGAGCAGGACCAAAACUUGGCCAGGAUGGUCCCGGCACCAGAGGACCCUAUUGUGCUGUCCCGACCCCAGGAUGGGGACUCUCCACUGUCUGACUCACCCCCGUUCUACAAGCCCAGCUUCUCCUGGGACACCCUGGCCUCAACCUACAGCCACAGCUACCGGCAGGCCCCCUCCACCAUGCAGUCAGCCUUCCUGGAGCACUCCGUCAGCCUGUACGGCAGCCCUCUGGUGCCCAGCACCGAGCCCCCCUUGGACUUCAGCCUCCGCUACUCCCCGGGCAUGGAGGUGUACCACUGCGUGAAGUGCAACAAGGUGUUCUCCACCCCUCACGGGCUCGAAGUGCAUGUGCGACGCUCCCAUAGUGGGACCCGGCCCUUCGCCUGUGACAUCUGUGGCAAAACCUUCGGCCACGCCGUGAGCCUGGAGCAGCACACGCACGUUCACUCCCAGGGCAUCCUGGCUGGGUCCAGUCCUGCGCCUGCGCCUGACCCCCCGGGGCCUCGUUUCCUCCGGCAGGAGCGCAGCUUCGAGUGCCGCAUGUGUGGCAAGGCCUUCAAGCGCUCGUCCACGCUGUCCACCCACCUGCUCAUCCACUCAGACACGCGGCCCUACCCCUGCCAGUUCUGCGGCAAGCGCUUCCACCAGAAGUCGGACAUGAAGAAGCACACCUACAUCCACACUGGUGAGAAGCCGCACAAGUGCCAGGUGUGUGGGAAAGCCUUCAGCCAGAGCUCCAACCUCAUCACCCACAGCCGCAAGCACACGGGCUUCAAGCCCUUCAGCUGUGAGCUGUGUGCCAAGGGCUUCCAGCGUAAGGUGGACCUGCGGCGGCACCGCGAGAGCCAGCACAAUCUCAAGUGAGGCUGCGCCGGCUCCCGGCUCCUGGCCAGCCUGCCCUGCAGUCCUGUCACCUGGAGGCCAACCUCACAUGCCCAGAUCUCCGGUCUCCUGGAGAUGGGACUGGACGGGAGUCUUCCAGCUUGUUUUGAGACUCACCAAAUUGCCGUGUGACCUUGGGAAAGUCACUUUCCCUCUCUGGAUCAACAUUUCUCCUGCUGCCAAGUGUGGGAGCCUGCCUGGGUCUUUCUGAGCAAAAGUUGUUUCCAGGUGUGCUCAGGUGCCUUCCUCUAGCACAGCACAGAAAGCUAGAAUACUCGCAGGGAGACAGGGAUGCUGAGAGCAGACCAGAGCUGGGACCCAUGGGGAUGCCUGCUGCCCACCGAGCUGGGACCUGGUCACCCUGGGUUUUAGUGGACCUCUUUCUGGCUGCAACAGGCAGAGAGUCGGAGCUGACUCCCGCCCCAGUCAGAGGCCCAGCACCCCCUCUGCUUCGGCCAGAUGUGCUGACUGUCCCCUACUUCUGACCAGCACUCAGCUGGCCACUGGGGAUUCCAGUUCUACAGCCAGGCCAUGAGGCUGGAGAAACUGGCAGUUACUGCUGUCGAAAGCCUGUCCUCUCAAUUGCUGUCAAUAAAAUUAAAGACACAGAUUUGUUGCCAUGUGACCAGCAUGUAUUAAGUGCCUACGAGGUCCAGGGUGACUGCACGAGGCUUCGUGGAGCGACUAGGGGAGGCUUGAGGAGCAGAGAAGGCUAUGGAGGUGCUCACAGGCACGUUGUGGAGACCUGUACCCGGCCCCCAUGUGCACAGACCCACUGACGAGCCGGUAGCAAGCAUAAGGGGCCGUGCGACAAGACCACAGGGGUGGGCAAGGCUAGUGCAGCUGGGGCAGUAUCUGUUUCCUGUGGCUGCUGUGACAAAUGACCACAAACUUAGUGGCUUAAAACAACACACAUUUAUUCUCUUAUAAUUCUAGAGGCCAGGAACUCAAAACGAGUCUCAUGGGCUAACAUCAAGGUGUUUGCAGGACUGCGUUCCUUCCCCUGGGAGGCUCCCAGGAGAGUCUGUUUUCCUGUCUUUUUCUCCUUCUCCAGGCCGUCUGUACUCCUCUGUUCUUGGCCCCUUCCUCUGCCUUCAAAGCACGUCACUCGGACCUCUGCUUCUGUCAUCGCGUCUCUGUCUUCUGCCUUUGACCUUCUGGACUCUCUCUUAGAAGGACCCUUCUGAUUACAUUGAGCUCAGGUAUACUUUGUCCCGUCUCAAGAUCCUUAACAUAAUCACCGUGGUCAGCUGAAUAAGGGCCCCAAAGAUGAUAUCCACAUCCUAACCCUGGAACCUGUGAACAUGACCUUAUAUGGCAAAAGGGACUUUGCAGGUGUGCUGAAGUUAAUUAAGCCUGGUGCUGCACCUGACUAGCUGUGUGACUUCAGGUGAGUUCCUGAACCUCUCUGGGGCUCAGCUUCCUCCUCUGUAGAAUGGCAAACACAGCAGUCCAUUCUUACAAACUGGCAUGUAGGGCCAGCCCAGCACAUAGUAAGUGCUGCUGAGUUGUGAACAUCCCUUUCUGAAGUCCUGUCCAUCCUGCAAGGCCUACUUAGCCAUCUCCUCCAUGAAGCCUUCCUGGGUCAUCCAGCUAGAGGUCUUCCAUCUCCUUUGAUACCGAGCAACUCAGUCUCCUUGCUUACAGCUUAGGAACCAUUGAACAUGGAAUGGCAGUUAUGUGUGGAUAAGUUUCCCCUCGGUAGAGGGUCUUCUGUCUGAGCUCCAGCUGCCCCCCUGCUCACAGCCCACAGCCCACAGCCAUGGACAUCUCUGAAUGAACUUGCAGGUACUGAGCUAAGCCAAGAGUUUCCACACAUUGCCUCUAAUCCACAAAACCCUCUGCCAUGGAAUGCCACUCUCUCAUUUUCCAGAGGGGGGCAACUGAGGCUCAGAAAUGUCAGCCAUAAAAAUAAAUAAAUAAAUACUAGGGCUUAUCCUUUCCUA